AUGCAGUAUCAGGAUUAUUGUGCAGAAGACGGGGAGGUCAUAACUUUACAGUCAACAGUUCAAAAGACACAUGAUACAAAACGAGACGGAUGCCGACGGUUGAAUUCGAACCAUCGACUUCUCACCGGUUUAUGCGAACUGGAGAAGCUGUCCACCGAAAAUGCUCAAAGUUGCUCGGAACUUAUAUCGAUGACGGAAAAUUCCGCCGAAAACGUUCGAUGGGAGCAUAUAACCAAAACGUUUUCAAGCUUGCGACUUCUCACCGGUUUAUGCGAACUGGAGGAGCCGUCCACCGAACAUGCUCCAAGUUGCUCAGAACUUAUAUCGAUGACGGGAAAUUCCGCCGAAAACGUUCGAUAA